CUUGCCCCACCAGUGAAUGUACCAGCCCGUACUGCUUCCAUACCAUCACGAGAGUUAAGAGCGAACAUCUAGUUAUAAUUUCCCAUUUGAGGAUGGCCGCGAUGCUGUCUAACUAUUCGCGGUUUGUGCCUCGUGUAAUAACAAGAAUUAGUAUAUCACAAACCAAGGUUAUAAUGUAUUUAUAUAGUCCAGGGCACAUACUAUUUAUCCACACCCAACAUGUGGUCAGCAAGAACUCUCGAUUAUGUACUAAAUAUAAGAAAUAUCACUGUUGGAUAGACCAGGCAAGACAUAUUCAUUCAACAUCUACACUAUGGGAAAUAAAAGAAGUUGUAGUACCAGCAUUCGCAGAAAGUGUAAGUGAAGGAGAUGUCAGAUGGGACAAGAAAGUUGGUGAUCAAGUUAAAGAAGAUGAUGUCUUAUGUGAAAUUGAAACAGAUAAGACUUCAGUUCCUGUACCAGCACCAGGUGCUGGUGUUAUAAAAGAAAUUUUUGCAAAAGAUGGUGAAACAGUAAAGCCAGGACAAAAACUAUGUAUUAUUGACAUUGGUGCAACUGGUGGAGCUCCACCUUCAGAAGCUCCCAAAGCUGCUCCAAAGGCCCCAAGUCCACCACCUAGUGCAGCAGCACCUCCACCACCAUCACCACCGCCGCCGUCACCACCACCACCACCACCACCACAACCUCCUUCACCUCCUUCUGCAGCUGUACCACCUCCAGCGACUCGACCUCCACCUCCACAAGCACCUGCAGCUUCCAUGCCAGCUUUAGAAGGCGCAAAAGUACAACUACCUCCUGCUGAUUAUACACGCGAAAUAAUUGGUACAAGAACAGAACAGCGAGUAAAAAUGAAUAGAAUGCGUUUACGUAUCGCCGAACGAUUAAAAGACGCUCAAAAUACGAAUGCUAUGUUGACAACGUUUAAUGAAAUUGACAUGAGUCGCAUCAUGGAAUUUCGUAAAACACAUCAAGAAAGUUUCACAAAGAAAUAUGGUUUAAAACUUGGAUUUAUGAGUCCAUUUAUUAUGGCAAGUUCUUACGCUUUAAAAGAUCAACCAGUAGUAAAUGCUGUAAUAGAUGGCACUGACAUAGUUUACAGAGACUAUGUAGACAUUAGUGUCGCAGUUGCAACACCAAAGGGGCUUGUGGUCCCAGUACUUCGCAGCGUAGAAAACAAGAAUUUUGCAGAGAUUGAAAUUGCUUUGGCAGCUGUAGGCGAUAAAGCAAGAAAAGGCAAAAUAUCUGUUGAAGAUAUGGAUGGUGGUACAUUUACAAUAAGUAACGGCGGUGUUUUUGGUUCUCUAAUGGGAACGCCAAUUAUUAAUCCACCACAAAGUGCAAUUCUUGGAAUGCACGGAGUUUUCGAUAGACCCAUUGCAGUAAAGGGCGAGGUUGUAAUUCGUCCAAUGAUGUACGUAGCUUUAACGUAUGAUCACCGAUUAAUUGACGGACGUGAGGCUGUAAUGUUCUUAAGAAAAAUCAAGGAAGCUGUGGAAGAUCCUAGAAUUAUUUUAGCUGGCCUUUAGGCCUCGUUAAUAUUUUUAUUAAAUCGCUUCAAAUACGCCUCUCAUCACAUUUAGAACAUUUUGUACACGUUGUAUUAUAUUUUGUUCAU